GGUCACGUGGUGGUCGGUGUGUGACUUGACUCCAGGUCGAAGGACGAGGUGAGGGAGAGAGAGGAGGAGAGAGGAGGAGAGAGAGAAGAGGCAUGAAUCAUCAGGAGGAGACGGACUGAUGAGAGACAGUCAGAGGACAUCUGAUCUGCAGGUCCCUGAACGCACCGCGGCGUCUCCUCCGCGUCUUUCUUGGUUCUUGUCUGGACCCGGUCUCUGGUCUUUGGUCUCAGGAUGCCGGACCAGAUCUCAGUGUGUGAAUUCCUGUCCGAGACGACCGAGGACUACAACUCCCCCACCACGUCCAGCUUCACCACCCGGCUGCAGAGCUGCAGGAACACCGUCAGCAUCCUGGAGGAGGCUCUGGACCAGGACCGCUCAGCCCUCCAGAAGGUGAAGAAGUCGGUUAAAUCCAUCUACAGCUCAGGACAAGAGCAUGCUGGGAACCAGGAGAGCUUCAGUCAGGCUCUGGAGCGACUGGGAGGAAACCAGUCUGAACUGGGAGCUGCUUUCGUUAAGUUCUCCUGCCUUGUUAAAGAACUUGCCGCUCUGCUCAAGAACCUGCUGCAGAGUUUGAGCCAUAACGUGGUCUUCACUCUGGACUCGCUGUUGAAAGGAGACCUGAAGGGAGUUAAAGGGGACCUGAAGAAACCCUUCGAUAAAGCCUGGAAGGACUACGAGACCAAGUUCACAAAGAUCGAAAAGGAGAAGAGAGAACACGCUAAACAACACGGGAUGAUCCGAACUGAGAUCACAGGAGCUGAAAUCGCUGAAGAGAUGGAGAAAGAGAGGAGGCUGUUCCAGCUGCAGAUGUGUGAGUAUCUGAUCAAAGUCAAUGAGAUAAAGACGAAGAAGGGCGUGGACCUGCUGCAGAACCUCAUCAAGUACUACCACGCUCAGUGCAAUUUUUUUCAGGACGGUUUGAAGACGGCCGACAAACUGAAGCAGUACAUCGAGAAACUGGCUGCCGACCUGUUCAAUAUCAAACAGAGUCAGGACGAGGAGAAGAAGCAGCUGACAGCUCUUAGAGAUCUCAUCAAGACCUCCUUACAGCUGGACCAGAGGGAGUCCAGGAGAGACUCUCAGAGUAAACAGAGUGGUUACAGUAUGCACCAGCUGCAGGGAAACAAGGAGUUUGGCAGCGAGAAGAAAGGAUACCUGCUGAAGAAGAGCGAUGGGCUGAGGAAGGUCUGGCAGCGAAGAAAGUGUUCUGUGAAGAGUGGCGUCCUCACUAUUUCUCACGCUACGUCAAACAGACAGCCGGUCAGGUUGAACCUGCUCACCUGUCAGGUGAAACCCAGCACAGAGGACAAGAAGUGCUUCGACCUGAUCUCCCACAAUCGGACGUACCACUUCCAGGCUGAAGACGAGUCGGAGUUCAUCAGCUGGGUGUCUGUGUUGACCAACAGUAAGGAGGAGGCUCUGAACGUAGCGUUUCAGGGCGGAGGUCAGAGUUCAGGCGUGGAGGAAGAGGAGGAGCUAACCAAGAGCAUCAUCGACGAGGUUCUGCGGUCACCAGGCAACGACACCUGCUGCGACUGUGGAGCCACAGAUCCUCGUUGGAUCUCCACCAACCUCGGUGUUCUGACCUGCAUCGAGUGUUCAGGGAUCCACAGGGAGAUGGGAGUCCACGUGUCCCGAAUCCAGAGUCUGGAACUGGACAAACUGGGAACCUCUGAGCUGCUGCUUGCUAGGAAUGUUGGGAACUGUAGUUUCAAUGAGAUCAUGGAGGCCAGCCUACCAUCUCCAUCUCUGAAGCCGUCAGCCUCCAGCGACAUGACGGCGAGGAAGGAGUUCAUCAAUGCCAAGUACAUCGACCGCAAGUUUGUCAGGCGUGCCAUCUCCAUGGCGGCCAGCAGGCUGGAUGAUGUGUACGAAGUGGUGCGAUCCAGAGACCUGCUGUCAAUCAUCCAGCUCUACGCUGAGGGGGUGGAGCUGCUGCAGCCCCUCCCUGAACCAGGAAAGGAGGCGGGAGAAACGGCGUUACAUUAUUGUGUUCGGACGGCUGAUCACUCCUCUCUCCACCUGGUCGACUUCCUGGUCCAGAACAGUGGUAACCUGGACGGACAGACUGACGGAGGGAACACAGCUCUGCAUUACUGCUGCCUGUACAACAAACCACAGUGUGUGAAACUGCUACUGAGAGGAAAACCUGACAUCCACAUCACCAAUCAGAGUGGCGAGACGGCACUGGACAUUGCCCGCAGACUGAAGAAGUCCCAGUGUGAAGAACCGUUGGUGGAGGCGGUCUGUGGCAGGUUUAACCCUCAUGUUCACGUUGAAUACGACUGGAACCUCAGACUGGACGAACUGGAUGAAAGCGACGACGAACUGGACGACAAGCCCAGUCCUGUGAAGAAGGAGCGUUCUCUCCGUCCUCAGAGCUUCUGUCCGUCCUCUAGCGUUUCCUCUCAGGAGAAGCUUUCUCUGCCGGCCUCCUUCAUUCCUCCUCACAGGGACAAGCAGCGUCUCUCCUAUGGGGCGUUUGCCAACCCCGUCUACAGCACCUCCUCCGACAAUCCUCCAUCCCCCGGGCCCGACACCUCGGGACCUUCGCCGUCUGCCAGGAGCCAUGGGAAAGGCCCCACCACCGGCCCACCCACUUCCCUCCCCCUCACCUCUCAGACCACUGGAGGAGGAGGAGGAGGAGGAAGCUCCAGCCUGAAGAAGAGACCCCCCCCACCUCCACCUGGACACAAGCGUACCCUGUCCGACCCCCCCAGCCCAGUCCUGCAGGGACCUGCCGGUAAAGGAAGUGAGCUGACCCCCCCACCUGGAAACAGGACCCACAAGUUUGAGGGGAUCCAGCAGCAGCAGAGUACGACCUCCAGUAAGUCCACACUGGGACCCAGAGUUCUGCCCAAACUACCUCAGAAAGUGGCUUUAAGGAAGAUCGACACCAUCCACCUCCCCUCUGUGGACAAACCCAGCCAGCCUCCAGACCUCCUCCAUAAACCCUCCACCUCCCAGCCCGACCCCCAGAAGUCUCCCCCCUUUAUUGACGCCUCCCCUAAACCCCCCCUCACCCCCGUGGACUCCACCCAGAGAGCCCCAUUGGCUGAAAAGCCCCAGCUGUCUGACCUCCCCCCCAAACCUCUCCUGUCUGACCUCCCCCCUAAACCCCUCCUCAAAGACCUUCCACCCAAACCACAGAUCGCAGACCUCCCCCCGAAACCGCCGCUCAGCGAUAGGCCCGGCCCCACUCCUGUUGCUACAGAGAUGCAGGGAUCCAAGAUGGCGGCAGCGAUGGAGAGCCAGUCGUCUGUCCAGCAGGGGGAGUUGUCACCCCGACCGGCAGCCGGAGACGUUGAUGAGUCGCCGCCGGGCGCCGUGGAGACGCCCGUCCCACUGCCGCGCAAAAUCAACUCUGUGAAGAGUAAAAUCCGGAGGGUGAAAACCAUCUACGACUGUCAGGCUGAUAACGAAGACGAGCUAACCUUCGCAGAGGGCGAGGUCAUCAUCGUCACCGGAGAGGAGGACCAGGAGUGGUGGAUCGGACACAUCGAGGGACAGCCGGAGAGGAAAGGAGUCUUCCCCAUGUCCUUCGUCCACAACCUGAUUGAUUGACAGCUGUAGAGACGAGUGUGAGGCCACCGCACAGUAGCAUGAGCCCCACCCACCCACCUGCUGAGGUCACACAGGUGACAGUGGGCGGAGUCGGUCAGUCAGUGAGUAACCAGCUGACCUCAGUUAAUGAAGUCUUCGCUGUAAAUAGACCGUAUUAUUCUGCCUAACAGUGUUACCAUAGCAACCCAGCAUGCAGACCCGGGCGGGCCGUAGCAAAGGAGUCUGCAGAGAAGGAAAAAACACACAGGUGACAGGAAAGGUCAGAGGUCAUCUGACUGACGGCGCCCUCUGCUGGCCGAGCGGCUCAUCACACCAGCAGCCAGAGACACAGAAGCACAAACAAAAGCACAACGUCUUUAUUCAGUUUAUGCUUUCUGCAUCCACGUUGUUUCAUAUCAUCAUAUUUAAAACAGCUGCCUGUAUCUGUAACCUGCCAACAUUUUACUAGUAAUAUGUUAGUAAACUGCAACCCAACCACGGAUUUUGUCCAGCUCGGGCCGCCCCUCCAGCCCCCUCCAGCCCCUCCAGCCCCCUCCA